AUGGUUCACGUCUAUCUAGAAACCAUUGAAGGAGUCAAUAAUGUUCAUUUGAAUGUGGAUGACUCUCUAUCUACACGUGUCUUGGUCGAGCUACUCAGAGAACAUCUUCCAGAUAAGGUCGCCGACAGAUCGAUCAUAGCCCUGGUUGGAGGAAUCCCAGUAACGCACUACCAGACGUUAAGAGAGCUUUUAGAUUCUGGUGGUAAUUCCGGAUCCCCAUUCGUUGCUUUACAGCUUCGUAUUCCCAUAUGUAAAGGAGAAGGCAAAUUACAGGGUCGUGCAGAUGAGUUUAUAGCGUUGAUCAGAAGAAUCGGACAGCGUAUUGUGAAGGCACAGCCACGAGAGUUCACGGCAGGAAAUAUCCUUCGUCGUGUAUUGGCUAUAGUAAGAGAAGAGAUAAGUGAUAGUACAGCGUCUGCUUCUGCCAAUAGUGCACCAGUUAAUACUGCGAUGUUCCGUCUUCUUGUUGCACCGUUGGACAAGGAAGAAGAGGAGCAGAGAAAGAAAGAAAGGAGCGCUAUAGAUGCCGAAAACGAUGGAAAUUCGCAUAAAGACGUCCUUAGAUCUGUGGUGAUUCAAGGAAUACGAGAAUUAAUAGAUGAAAUUGAUUCUGUUCACGAGAAUAUAGCUCAGAUGACCGUCGAUUUGAUCCAUGACAAUGAGGUGCUUCUUACGCCAACUCCAGGAUCCGAAACGGUUCUCAAUUUCCUUCUAAAGGCCAGUUUAAAGAGAAAAUUCACGGUUCUUAUCACAGAAAAUUACCCUAACGACAUCGAACUAUGUCACCGGUUCGCCAAGAAGUUGGCUGAAGCUGAAAUCGAGACUGUGAUCAUUCCAGAUUCUACCGUUUUCGCUGUUAUGUCACGUGUGGGAAAAGUACUCAUUGGGGCACGGGCUGUUUUCGCCAAUGGAGGUUGUGUAACAGCAGCUGGUGUGGCUACAGCGUGUGAAUGUGCCAAAGAGCAUCGAACACCCGUCUUUACCGUUGCUGGCUUGUACAAGUUUUCGCCCAGCUAUCCAUUCGACCGGAAUUCUUUGAUAGAAGUGGGUAACUCGGGUAAAGUGCUGCCCUAUGCAGACAGUGAUCUUGUGGGGAAAUGUGAGGUCACCACUCCUAUCUUCGACUACGUGCCGCCUGAAUACAUUGACAUUUAUAUUACGAACAUAGGAGGAUUUUCACCCAACUUUGUGUAUAGAAUUGUCUUGGAUAAUUACCGGACAGAGGAUGUGGAGUUUUCAUGA